AUGUCCCAUCUCCUGCCUUCGUUCUUCAACCCAACUGACGGUGGCAAUCCUCCUCCUCCUCCAUCCCCCGCUCCUAGUCAAAUGGACAGCACCACGCCUCCCUCCACGUCUCCCGUAACCAGUGACAAGUCGUCCAGCGUUCAACAUUCCAGUAGUGUUGACACAUCCAAAGCAAGCAGCAGCGGCACCGGCAAUGGCGGUAUUAAUGCGAGCGGGGGCACAGGCACAACCGGGGGCACUGGUACGGGCACUGGUACUGGUGCCGGUUCAGCUGGUGGGGACGCCAAUAGUGGCAGCACAGGCUCAGCCGCGGGCACCGGUGAGAAUGGUGGUCUCGUGAACGAACCCACCACGACUACGAGCCCUGUGCCGGCUCCAGCACCACCGGAAACUGUGCCAACGUCGACAGCAUCCAUGACAACGUCGGUCGUCUCUCCAACGACAACCAGUGCAUUACCCACCUCGACAACUUCCGCUGCACACUCCUCGUCGACAACCUCUGCGGCGCAACCAACCACGACCUCCAGUGCAGCACCGGUGCCGACAACCGUAGUGGUGACCACCAUGCCAGAACCGACCGCGACAGCGCUUCCCCCACCACCGUCGCCGCCUUCGGGGAGCGGAAGCGGCUCAAACAUCGGCGUCAUUAUUGGAGCUAUUGCUGGUGGCAUCUGCGGCGUCAUUGUCCUCAUCUGGCUCAUUCUCAUUCCCAUUCGCAAGGCUCAACGCAAGAAAAAGGAGGUGGAAUGGCUGACUUUCGGGACGGAAAAUGACCACGUCAACGGCAGCGAGAGCACCGCCGACGUUGUUCGUGGAGGCCGACCUGCUGCAGACAUGGACAAUAGCACCACUUUUGCAAAGGAUAUCAGCGGCACAACACCUGAAAUGUAUCAGAUGAAUUCAAUUUCCAACACAGGCGGCGCUUCGACGACGCUGUACAGCCACCUCGACGGAAAUGGUAGCUCUCCGUGGGUUGGUCCUCCUCCUGUACCGCAUCCACCCUCGGUGGGGCCAGACGGAAGUGUUCUAUCUGGUCACGACACCACAGGCUACCCCUACUACGAGUACGAUGCGCAAGGCUAUCCUCCCUACUAUUCUGCAUCGGUCACAGGCGCGCAGGCAGGUAUGCAAGUUGGAGGCAUCGUGGGAGGCGCCGCAGUAGCAGGCUACGUGAGCCCCAAUGCGAGCAGCCCGGAGCAACACCCACAGCGCAUUCGAGGCUUUGGGACGGGACCACCAGCGAGCAUUCGGACUAGCCCCGUGGUGCAACCGACUCGCUACCAGGGAAGCAUGCAUCCUUCGAACUCGAUGGGCUCCAUGUCGUACUCGCAGCUCAGUCACGGCAACAAUGCUUACUCAAACGCCUCGCAGAUGUCUAUGGGCCAGGGAGGAGGAGGUGGUGCGCUUCAGCAGCCCAUGCCAACAGCCUCGACAGGUUUGCCGCAAAGCGACACAGCUGCCGUUUCGAGGAAUGCCUCAUCGAGUGCAACUUCGACAGCAGUCGCUGUGCCUGCAUACAGUGCCCAGGGGCUCCGCCGAACGGCGUCCGGCUCCUCUAUUCAUCGCUUAGAUGACGACAAGAGUGGCGGGGAAGACCACGAGGUCAUGCAGCGGGAACAAAUCCAGGCCGCUGUGCAUCAAGGAUCGAGUAGUGGAGAGGCAGGUGACAACUCGGCUUAUGACGGCCUGGCCGUGACGUAUGAUCAGCAUGGUGAGCCCUCGCAUGGGGACACUCGCAUCGACCCACCGCGUCAACCUCACGGUGAGGCUCCAGGCCAAACUCUCAACUAUCGGCGAGGUCAGGGUCAGAUCCGACAGAGGCAUGCGCAAGGACAGGAUCAUACUCAAGAGCAGGAGCAAGGUCGACAAGUAGCAAGAGACAGAGAGAGCCUGCACGAAGGAACGAUUGACGUUUCGAUGACUGACCAAAAGCACGACUUUCGUAUCACCAACGACUCCUGA